UAUGAAUUAAUUUGAAUAAUGUGAAAGAAAAAAGUAGUGUUCUUUGGAUUAAAUGUUUAAGAAAUAUGAAGAAGCAACUUAAGUAUAUUUUAUAAUAUAAAUUUAUUAGAGAUAUUAAAAAGGGUUAGAAGAAAAGAAAUAGAGAGCAAAAAUAGAAUCAGAUAAAGCAAGGGAAGCUUAAUUUAUUUAAAAACUUGAAGCUUAGAAUAAAAAAAUAGAGUUUGAUGAAAAAUUAUAAGAAUCUUAGGAAAGAAAAAAGGAUUUAGAAAAACAUAUGUUAGAGAAGUAGUUGUAAAAAAAAUAAAAAGAUGAAGAAGUAAGAAGGAAAAAGAAAGAAAAUGAAGAUGAAAAACUAUAAAAAUUAUUAAAGAAAUAAGAAAAAAAAGAUGUUCAAGUAAAGAAGGUGAAAAAAGAUGUUUAAAAAAUUAAAAAGAAAGAUGAUUUAAAAAUAUUAUUAGAUCAAUCUGUUUCCGAUGAUGCAUCUUUAGAUUUAGAAUUAGAAAAGAAAAGAUAGUGUAAAUCAUUAUCAGAUAGUUUAUAAGCAUUAGAGACUGAUUAAAUCAUAUAUUUUAAAUUAUAGAAAUAAAAAGAAGUUGAAAUUAAAGAAAAUAAGAAAAAGUAAAAAUUAUAAAAUAUUAUGCCUUCAAAAACUUUUAGAGAAUAAUCAGUUCCAACAAUUAAGAAAUCAACAAUCUUUCCUAUUUUAAUUCGUUAAAAAUAAGAUGAGAAUUCAAUUUUGUUGUAAUAAAUUAUUUAAUAAUAAUAAUAACCUUAAUCACCCACUUUUAAAAAUGAUGAAAAUUCUAGUACUAAUGUUACUCCUAAAAAAGAGAAAGAAGAAGAACCUCAAUUUUUUAAAUUAUGUUAAAUUUGUAAUAGCAUAAUAGAUAAUGAAGAUGGAGAUAAACAUAUUUAAUCAAAGUCUCAUAAAUAAACAAAAUAAUAUUAUAAUUUAACAGCAACAUAAAAUGAUAUUUUAGUAGUAAAAGGAUCAAAAGAUGAAAUGUCAUAGAAUAGAUUCUAAUCAAUUAGAAAACGUUGUUAAAAGAUUAAAUAAAAAAUAUAAUAAAAAAGUCUUUAAUUAGAAAACAUGAAUAUUUAUUGUUAUAAAGAACCAGGAAAUAGUUAUAAUAGAUAAAGAAUUUAAAAAUUAUCAAAUGAUUUGGAUAAACUGUUGAACAAUUAAAUUAAAGAUUUGUAUUAAAUUGAAUAAUUAAUGAAAGAAUUAUUAAAAUUAGUAAAUUAGGAGACAGAUUUAAUAAAUCUCAGGUAAAUGAAGUUCAUUUAAAUUGUGGUCGAAGUCUUUAAGAAGAUCUCAUCCUGUCAUAAAAAUGAAUAUACUUAAUAUCUAAAAAUUAUAGGCGUGGUAAAUACUAUUGAUUAUCAUUGAGGCUACUGAAAUAGUUUAUUAAUUUUGCAGUGUUUACAAUAACAGGACAUAUAUGUUGGCAAGUAAUAAAUUACUACCUAUAAUUGAUUUUAUGUAUAACUUUUUAGCAUCAAAGCCUACCAAAUUUAUAUAUAGUUAUUAAUUUGUUGCUUAAUGCUUUUAAAUAUUUAGUUUAUUAAUAAAACAUAAAUUACCUUCAGAUCCACUUUCAGAUUUGAAUAUUCAAGAAAUUUAAGAAGACACCUUAGAAUAUAUGUAUUGUUGUGGAUUAUUCAAUAAAAUGAAGUUAAGAUUUCUAUCAUUUGAAAAAGACUAUAUAAACUCUGAAGGUAAAAUACCUGUUGCUUUAGUUAAAAGUGUUGCAUUUAUAGAAGCUGCAACAAACUAUCAUGGUUUUGAGUAUUUUUAUAUUUAAAUUUUAGAACUUAAAAUAAAUCACUAUUUGAUGAGGAUGGCAAGAGAAUAUCUAAAAGUUUUGAAGAGCAUCUUAAAUUUGUAUUAAAAGAAACUGAACUCUUUGGUUUGAUUUAAUUAAUUAGUUAAAUGGUUGUAGGGGAAGAGAUAUGUUUUACAACUAAUAAAUUACUACCAUAAACUAUUAUAAGUUUUUUCAUGGUAGGAAUUAAAACUUUAAAUAAUAUUGCUAGAUUAAAUAUUAUAGUCUUAUAGGAAACUAUGAAUAAAUCAUCUAAUAAAUAAGAAGUUCAUAUGAUUAUAUAAAGACUUGUAACAUAUUGUAAAUGCAAUCUUGAAUAAAGUUAAGAUUUAAAAGACUUGUUAAAUGAAUUGAUUCUUUUAAUAGGGUAUUAUUGUGUUUUAAAUACAAAUAAUUAAAACUCACUAGUAGGAUCAAUGAAAAAGAUUUCGGUACUUCACAAUUUAUUGUAAAUGCCUUCUCCAUUUUAUGUUGAUAAAAUAUUAAAGAAUAUUCUUUUUCCAACUCUACUUUGUUGUAUGUUUAGAAAUCUAAACAAUAUGAAAAUUGUUUUAGAUGAAAUGGAUAAAUCAUAUUUUUUAGAAAUUUUAUAACAAGAUGUAAUUAUAAUAAAUUUAAUUUAGUCUGAACAAUUUUAUGAAAAUCAUAAUGGUUAAUAAUUAUAAAGAUCACCAUCAAUGUCUAGUACAAAUUCUUAGAAUUCUGUAUUCCCUUACAGUUCUGCUGUAUACUUUAAACUUAGUUAACGAUUUCCUAAGUGUUUUUUUUAAGAAGCUAAAAAAGAAUUACUAGAUUAUAAGGAUUGA